AUGACACAAAACGCUGAAACUGCAGUGGUUCCUGUCUCAAACGGAAAGAGAUUGUUGAAUGAAUUGCUUGAAUCCAGUCGCAGUCUUCCAUAUAGAGAUUCUGAUUUGGGAUCAAUUCAAUUAGGUAUUAAUGAAUUAAGAAAAAGAGCUCAUGAAUUGCGUAAAAACACCAUUGAAAUCAAAUCAGAAGAGAACUAUACCAAAGCUCAUUACUUAUUGGCUGGUAAAGUUUCCAUUGAUGAAGUUGCUUCAAACAUUAAAUCAUUAGAAAAUAACAACGUUCUCGAACCAAGAUCUAAGAUCAAUACUCAACAAGCUGAUCUUGAUAGUUAUUUAAGAACCAAAAAGGAUGAAAAUAUCCUAUCCGCAAUUGAACAAUCAUUGAGUGCAACUGCAAGAGAUUUUGAUAACUUCGUUAACCAAAACAUCUCAUUAGAUUGGAAACAAAGAAGGGAUGAAAUUAGAGAAUCAUUCGGAAUUGUCUUGAAUAAGCAAGCUUCACAUACUGAUUCCAAAUCACAAAAUGGUAAUGGCAAUAAGAGUAUUAGCUGGGGUAAAUCCUUCAAAUUAUCAGAAGAUAACACAUCAAAAUUAAAUGUCAAUGCCAAUUAUUCAACUCGUCGCAAAUUUGAACGUUAUGCUAAAGUCGUAAAUGAAUUAAAUAAUUCAAGACAAUUUACCAAAACUUUAGAAAAUGCCGAUUCAGAAUUUGAUUUAGCAAAUGAAUUUAUUCAAAUAUAUCAAAAUGGUUCAGAUUCUAAAUCAAGACAAUUAUAUGAAAGCUGGCAAAUUAUUGCUAAUGUAAAUAAAGGUAAUUUCAAAAGUACAAAUGAAAAAAGUUUCAAGAAUCAAGUUGUUGCUAGAUCAAGAACAUUCUUGGAACUACAGUUCUUUGAAUAUGCUGAUGCUAUUUACAAAAAAAAAGUCACUGAAAAGGGUCUUCCUACAAUUAUUAACAAAAUUAAAUCAUUCAUAGAUUCACAAAAAUUAAACGCUAAUGGUAACUUAUUAGUGGUUAAUGGUACGCCAAUUUGGGCAUUAAUUUUCUAUUUAUUACGUGCUGGUUGUCAAGAAGAAGCAUUAAAUUUAGUUUUAGAACAUCAAUCAGUAUUUAAAAAAGUUGAACAAUCAUUUGUUCCAUAUUUCAAAGCUUAUGUUAGCUCUCAAGAUAAAAGAUUACCACAACCUUUAGUUACCAAAAUACAAAAUGAAUUCAAUCAUCAUAUUAAAAAUUCUAUUGAUGGAGAUCCAUAUAGAUAUGCCGUCUAUAAGAUUUUAGGUAGAUGUCAAUUAAGUAGAAGAAACAUAUCAAAUAUUGCUUUAACCAUUGAAGAUUGGUUAUGGAUGCAUUUAAUGUUAAUAAGAGAAGAUUCACAAGUUGAUUAUGAUCCAAUUCAUGAAAAAUAUACAUUAUCAGAUUUCCAAGAAAUUAUAUUAUCAUAUGGAAAUAAUAAAUUUAGCUCAAAUUAUUUACAAGUUUUAUUACUUAGUGGAUUAUAUGAUGAAGCUGGUAAAUAUGCUUUAGAAACUGAUGAAAUGGAUGGUGUUCAUUUGAAUAUUGGAUUAGCAGCUUAUGGAUUACUUCAAAAAUCUACACAAGAAACUGUUAAUAAGACUAAAGGUGCACGUUUCAGUAAAUUAUUAGGAUCAUAUGUUGAAAGUUUCAAAUUUUCAGAUCCAAGAAUUGCAGUUGAAUAUUUGAUUUUAAUUUGUUUAUUCCCAGAUCAAAUUGAAACAUGUCAUGAAGCAUUAAGAGAAUUAGUGUUAGAAACUAGAGAAUUUGCUAUCUUACUCGGUAAGAUUAAUGCAGCAGGUGUUAGAGUCCCUGGUAAGAUUGAACAAAGAAAAUCAUUGAUAAAUCUUGAAAAUGAUUUCUUAAACAAAAUCACUGAACAAGCUGCUAUUACUGCUGAUAAAGAAGGUAGAAUUUAUGAUGGAUUAUUAUUAUAUCAAUUAUCAGAAGAAUAUGAAAUUGUUAUUUCCAUUGUUAAUAGAUUAUUAGGUGAAUUUUUAAGUAAUACAGAAUUAGAACAAUCAUUAGUUGAUGGUAAUAGUGAAACAAAUCCAAUUUUAAUUGCAGAAAAUUUCUUAAGUUUAUAUCAAGAUAUUUCAGUUAAAAAUAAAGAAAUUUGUAAAAGUUUAUUAAAAAUUGCAGAAAUUAGACAAUAUUAUCUUGAAAAAGAUUGGGAUACAACAUUGAAAAAAAUUGAAGAAUUAGAAAUCUUACCAAUUAAUCCAAAUUCAGAUUUAGGUACUACAAGAUUAAAAGCUGAAGAAUUAACAUUUUUAAAUGAAAACGUAUUGAAAAAUGUUCCAAAUUUAUUAAUUAUAACAAUGACAUGUGUUGCUCAAAAGAAUGAACAAAUUAAUUCAGGUCCAUUUAAUGGUGGUAUUAAAGAUGAUAAAUUAAAAGAAUUAAGAUUGGUUGCUAAGAAUUGUGUUAUCUUUGCAGGUAUGGUUCAAUAUAAGAUGCCUAGAGAAACAUUCAGCUUAUUGAUUGGAUUAGAAGCAUUAUUAUGA